AUGCAUGAUCCUUUCCUUCACCCUUGUGCUGGUAAUGUUGAUCAGUCUGCCAUAUUGUUACACAGUCCUCCUUCCCUAGGUCUUAUCAGUCUCCCUCUUGCUAUGUCCCUGGUUCAAGUAUUUCACUCGACCCCUGCUACCCCAUCUGUGCUACUCGAAGCAUUACUACCCCUCCCCUCCGUCUGGGUGACUAAUUUGAGGCUAAAGCCUCUUAAUGAUUUCCAUGGUCAAGCCUUUGCUGCAUGGACCACGUCCCUGGUACAACAGGCCUACUGUCAACCAACUAGCUCCAGUCUCCGCCGUGUCUAUCCUGUUUCUAUCCCGAAAACCAAGUCUGUGAUUUGA